AUGGGGUUUUUCAGUCAGAACGAAGACGUGCCAAAGUUGCCACCAAACAAAUCCAAGAGAAAGGAGUGCUGGGAAUCCCGCGACCAGUUCUUUGAGUGCUUGACCAAAAACAAGAUCGACAACUCAUUAGAUCCAAAAGAGCAACAGAAUGUGGAGUCCAAUUGUGGCAAGUUGAGAAAGGAAUUCGAAGGCAAGUGUGUUGCUAGUUGGGUGAAGCAUUUCCAAGAUAAGAGAUUCAACGAUUUGACCAGAGCCAGAUAUAUCGAGAAAUUGGAGGCUGAAGGUGCCCAACAAUUACCAUUCAAGUUGGACAACAGAAAAUAG